AUGGCAUCAUCUCUGUUCACUUACUCCUCCACCUCUCGAAGGGUAGUUCCUGCCCCAAACUCUCCUCCUCUUCCAAUUCACAUCAAGGCUACAAACAUUGUUUUCAACCCUGAUAUUCCAGAUGUUCAUCAAGGUCUUGGACUCGAUGAUUUUGUCAAUUUCUUAGAUUCCUGCCGCCUACGAUACGCAAUCAGCGAUGUUCCAUUCGAGUUCUUCCCUGAACAAGUAUGUGAGUUCUACUACACUGCAACUGUCAAUGACGACAACAAUGCCAUCACCGGAACCAUUGGCCGUGGAAGACACUCUAUCUUCAUCACCGUAGAACUUCUUAGUGCUUCCCUAAGGUUACCUAUCUUUGAACCUUUCUCUAAACCUCUCACUAUUGAACGGUGUAGACGUAUGUUUGAUCAACUGGUUUAUGAUCACUCAAAGUUGAGUAAUUAUGAGCAACAAGUCGUCUGCUCACUGCUUCUCAACAAAAGACUGGAUUAUGGAGCUCUAUUCAUUGAUCAGCUUGUUCAGCUUCUUCGUGCAAAUGUACGCGCUGAUCAUGUUCCGUUUCCACGCUGGAUCGCUCUUGUGUUCGACAAGUUCUUUGCUACAGACUACUUCUCGCAUUCUGGAAAUCCCAUCCAAUUCCCACGCAUGUCUGUUCGCAUGUAUCAAGAUGAUCCUCUGGAUACUGACAUUGGAAUCUCUGAUAGGAUGAGAGAAUGGAUUGCAAAUCCAUACUCUGUUCUUUCUCUCACCGCUAACACUAAUGAAGGAGGUGCUGAUGGUAAUCAUGUAGAUCAAGCUGGUCAAGAGGAUGAACCAUAUGAUGGUGGUCAUUUCUCUCCUCAACUUUCUCAUCAUAUCGACUCAGUUGCUAAUGUUCCCUCAGCUCAAAAGGAUUCACUGAGUUAG